GAUCCUGAUCAUUCGCCACGGCUCUCUCCAGACCCAAUUCAGGCCUUUCUGGAGGGUCUGGUGUCAGAUCUUCAUAGAUCCAAUGGGUUAUCUGUCCCAUCACUGGACCCUAUGAAGGUUUUGGAUAGUGACAUUAACUCGCAUGACGCUGACGAUGGCUCAGACAAUUGUAAAACCCCAACCAUGUCUCACCCUGAUAACCCCAUAUUCCAGGAAACUGAAUAUGAUGGCAGGAAUUCACAGCCAGCGGAGAACAGGUCUCUCUCGUCAACAGACGGCCUCCGGCAACUUUCAGAACAACUUAACGGCUUUGUGUCACAGUCAAAUUCCUAUGUUAACGGAGAAAAUAUCAUCUCAAGUAGCAGCCCAGAACUGGAGUCUCGUUUCCAGGAGCUGGCUGCUGCUCUGGACUCCAGCAAUCUAACCAACAACCAGUUCAGUACAAAGAUAGAGGAACUGAAACAACAAAAUCAAGAGAUUGCAGAUCUGAUGGAAAAGGAGAAAAAAGGUUUUGAACAAAAGUUUGUGAAGGAGCAAGGUGCACUGAGGGAACAACUGCAGGUUCACAUCCAGACUAUUGGCAUCUUGGUCUCGGAAAAAUCCGAGCUGCAAACAGCUCUAUCUCACACACAGCAGGCUGCACGGCAUAAAGCAGCUGAGUCUGAGGAUCUUGCACUACGUUUGCAAUCUACCAGACAGAGAGUGGCAGAGCUGGAACGGACUCUCUCUUCCAUUUCGGCACAGCAGAAGCAGGCGGAAAAGCUGAAUAAGGAACUAGAGAAGGAACGCGAUGGCCUUCGACUUGAGUCCUUGAAGAACAGUAAAAGCAACGAGGAGCUGAAGCAGCAAAACUCUGAGCUCUCUGAGAAACUGAACACGCUUAUUUCUGAGAAUGCAGCCAUGAGGUUGGAGGCAGGAGAUCUUAUGAAGAAGCUGGAGAUGGCCGAGCUCAUGAUUCAACAGUUCUCCAAUCAUACAGGAGCGCCAGACACAAAUCAGCAGCUUCGGAUGGUUUUGGAAGAGCGAGAUCAGCUUGGAGUCCAGUUAGCACAGAUGUCCGAGACUAUCCAACAACUAACAGCUGAACGUGACCAGUACUUAGAGAAUCUGAAGGAAGAAGGGUUUGUCUGGCAGGAAAGAGUCCGGCUUCUUUCUGAACAGAUCCAGACCUUGGGCCAGGAGAAACAUACAGCCCAGGUACAGGUGGAACAGUUGGAGACGAGGGUUACAGAGCUUUUGCUGGCAUCUGCUGAGCUAACAGACACUGAGCCCACACCACUUUCAGGACCCUCUGAAAUUGAGCUGGCCUUGCAGAGAGAGGUGGAGCAGCUACAGCAGAAUUUAAAUGAUCUGCAGGACAGGUAUCAGGCUCAGGUGCAGGACAACAGUCAACUGAGCUGGCUAAACCAGGAACAGGAAGAGCGCCUGCUGGAACUGGAGAAGACAUUACAACGCCAAAGUGAAGAUAAUGUAGACAAGCAGCAGAUCCUGGAAAACAUGCAGAGUGAUAAAGCCACGAUCAGCCGGGCACUGACCCAGAACAGGCAACUGAAGGAACAUUUGGCUGAGCUCCAGAAUGGAUUUGUCAAAAUGACAAAUGAAAACAUGGAGCUCACCGAUGCAUUGCAGAGUGAGCAGCAUGUGAAAAAGGAGCUGGCCAAGAAGUUGGGGCAGUUACAGGAGACUUUGGGCGAUUUUAAAGAGCAGCUGGCUGCAAAGGAGCAGGACAUACAGCUUCUGCAGAGUCAGCGAGAUGAGGUCUCUGCUCACCUCCAGCAGUACAGUGCAGCAUAUCAGCAGGUUUCCAUUGAGAAAGAAGAGAUCCAGAGGCAGUAUCUCCUGCAGGCUCAGCUUAUGGACAGAUUGCAGCACGAGGAGGUGCAGGGGAAAGUCAGUGCAGAGAUGCACCAGAAGGAGUUGCAAAAGAGCAGAGAGAACCUGGAGCUUCUCACCAAAGAAAACCAAGAGCUAAGAGCGCAAGUGCUCCAGAUCCGUAGUGAGCCAGAUAGCAGAGUGCUCAAUAGGAUAGAAGGAGAUGGAGUGGAGAGUGAAGUGUAUGAAGAUGAGAUUCCCAAGGCUUCUCUGGACAUCCCUGAGGACUUUGAAAACAGAGAAGAGAUGGUAACAUUCAUCACCUCUUCCAUAGCAAAGGUGCAAGGGCAGCGGGAAGAGGUGGAAAGACAGCUGACCGAACAAAAGAGGUACUGUCAAGAUCUAUUGCGUCAGAUAUCCGAGAUAAGGCGGCAGCAAUCAUCUGGAACAAUGCAUCAUGCAGCAGCUCUUGGUAUGGAAAGCAUUCCCAGAGAGGUGUAUGAUGCAUUGCAAAGUGCCAUGGAGAAACUUCAACUCCGGUUUACUGACUUGAAGCAGGAGAGAGUGGAGCUAAAGGAUCGCGUAGAAGAGCUGGAGCAUCGAUGUAUUCAGCUGUCAGGAGAAACAGACACUAUUGGAGAAUACAUUGCACUUUAUCAGAGCCAGAGAGCUAUACUGAAGCAGCGUCAUAAUGAAAAGGAGGAGUACAUUAGCCGACUGGCUCAGGACAAAGAGGAGAUGAAGGCUAAGCUGCUGGAAUUGCAAGUCUUGGUCAUGAGGCUGGUAACUGAGCGCAAUGAAUGGUACAGGAGGUUUGUGGAAGCAACCCAGGGUCCCCAGACAGGGCCAGGAGAGUUUCCAGCAGAAAACCUUAUGGAACUUGAAGCAAAAGAGUAUGGAGCUCUGGAGGAAGUCAGCUUAGAAGAGGAUGGGGGACAGGAAAAAGUCCAGUCAUUGCCUCAUUUGGCUGCCCCUCAGGAACGACCAAACCCAACCUCUGGAUCAGAAGACCCAACCACUAAGCAAAUUAUGCAACUUCUGCAUGAGAUACAAAAUCCCCAGGAACGGCCCGGUGCCUUGCUGCAGAAUCCCUGCAUCCCCUUUUUCUACCGUGCCGACGAGAACGACGAGGUCCGAAUUAUGGUGAUUUGAGCGAGGAGUUGACUUGAUGUAUCCAUCCCUCUUUUUCCCAUGCCGACGCCUUCUUGUGCUGGGAUUCGUUUUCUCCAAGGACACAUUAGAAGUGAUUUGCUUUGGGAUGGGGAAGGGCUGAAGAUUGGCAAUUAAUGGGAUGGAUGUAGAGAACUGUUGCCUUCCUGUGCUGAAUUUUAGUUCUCUUAGUGAAUAGUCCGUGAAACAGGAAAUUUGCAGUAUUUCCUUCCACCCCAGGGAACCCCUGUAUUGCACAGGCCUAUGGAUUAUACCAUUAAGUGCAGACUUGUUUCCAAACUCUAGUUAAAAGCUGCUAUUUCCAUCUGCUCAACCCCAUCCACUUGAAUAGUCGGCCUUAUUUCCUGAUUCUUUUGUUUUAUUUGUACAUAUCUCAAGCACUACUGUUUCAUGUGACGUUGACAGCGAGUAGAAUGGUGGUUUGAAAAUGAAGUGGAGGGUUAGACAGUUGGAGAUUGUCCUUGGGAUAAAACCAGUCUCCAGGUGAAGUUGCACAGUGUCAAAUAAACUGCUCCGGCUAGCAAAGCCUUAGUAGAAAAGAUAA